CUUUAUCUGAGAACUAAAAGCAUACCCGUGAGGUCGCUCCAGUAGUAGGUAAGGAUGAAGCUGGCUUAAUAGUCGAUUCUGCAAACAGGCUAAUUGGAUCUGGCUGACUUCUGCGUACACCCAACAUAAAUAGAAGGAUCCUUGUUAAGGUGAAAAGCUCACCAUCGAAUGCAGGUCAACAACAAGUCUAGUGCUUCUGUUUAGAAAGUUUGAUGUUCUCUCUUCAAAGGUAAAUUGUUUCAGAGCAGGAAACGUAGGCCAGCGAAUAUGAGUGUGCUGCUGAUUGUCACACUGUACGCGUCAUCCCUUGGGAUCCUGCGCUGUGACCCUGACCCUUCUCCUACUGGACUGAGUGAGAGUGUUCUCCAAGGGCUAUCAAAGGAUGGUGAGAAUUAUAUUGACGAGGAGAUGAAGAGAGCAUUGUUUGGGGUGAAGAGGAUGAAGGAGAUAAUGGAGAAGAACCAAGAGAAGCAUGAAUACCUCUUGAAGACCCUCAAAGAAAGCAAGAAUAAGAGGAAGGGGGCAGUCCAGCUGGCCAACGAGGCGGAGCUAAAGCUUCAGGUGGCAGAAGAGCAGUGCAUUGAUUCACUGAGGACAUCCUUUAUGGAGUGCCGACCUUGCCUGGAGGACUCCUGUAAGACGUUCUAUACCUCCACCUGCCGAAGAGGGUUCUCCUCUUUUUCUUUAAAGGUUGAGGAGUUCUUUCAGAAGUUAUCCUCCCAACUGGAAACUCCAGACCAGGUUGUCAAUCAGAACCAGUUGAACUUAAACCAGACGGAGAAAUCAGAUGGUCCGGAUCUGGAGCUGGUGCAGCUGAAUGACUCCUUUGGUCAGCUGGUAUGGAAAAUGGGCAGCCUGUACAACCGGAGCACAGAGCUGGUCAACAAGAUGCACCAAAAGCUUGGCCAUGGAUUCUGGACAGCUUUCAAUACCAAGCUGAAGCCCAAGCCCCUCUCUCCCACACUUGAGUCCCCUGGUGGAAUCUUCUUUCAAAGCGUAAGCCGCCUGGGCAGCAUAGGGCUGGACGAUGUGCUGGAGGAGGUGUAUGACUUUGGCCGGGCAGUGAUGGAAGACUUCAGUGACCUGAUAACAGAUGUCAUGGACGGGGUGCAGGAAACUGUCAGUGAUGAACCUCGGCUUCAGAGAGACACAUUUCGGGUCCCAUUCCCCUUCCCAGACAUGUACCUAUGCAGACAGCUCCGUAGGCAGGCCGGAGAGUGUUGGCAGCUUCAAAGGUUGUGCGAGUCCUGUCAGAAUACAUUGGUGAAAGAGUGUCCCGGUGUUAGGGAGCUUCACUCUGAGUUGGAGAGGACCUACCUGCUGCUCAACGAGUCUCGUCUGCAGUAUGAGGAGUUGUUACAAAUGGUCCAGAAGCACGCUGGUGACACCAACGCCUGGUUCAGCGACAUGGAGGCCAAGUAUGGCUGGGUGACGCACCUUCCCAGUAGCACACAGUACACUUUUGGUGUGAGCUUGGUGGUUCCUCAGGUGAGAGGUGACGGGUCUAAGGGUGACACUAGAAUUGUAGUGAGCAUCCUGGACUCACCACCGCUGACCCUCUCUGUCCCAGCAGAGGUGCCAGACGAUGCAUUCAUUCAGUAUGUGGCCCAGGAAGCACUGGCCCACUACAAACAGACAAUCAAAGUUUCAGAAACUGUCACAGCAGGGACUGGAGUAGCAACAGACCCCUCAGCCUCCUCUUUGGAUUUGAUACAAGGUUUUGAGUAAUCACGGGAUGUUGAAAGCUGUUCUGUUUUUAUAUCUCGAUUAGACAUUGUGUUUUUGGCUGGACAACUAUUUAAGAAUGGAUGUGGACGAAUUAUGAAGGUCUAUAUAAGGUAUUUAUUUUUAGAGUGAUGCUAUUGAAAUAAAAAUAUAUAGACUUAUAGUGGCAUCUUAACUUUUUAAUUUAACAACUGUGAUUAAACUAUGAAUGUGAACGUA